AUGCCGAAAGAAUUGGAUGUCAUUAAUGGUCCGCCCGAAGACUUGGAGGAAGAGAAGAACACGACUGUGGUGCAGGAGCGCCCGAAGACGGAUAGGGAUUCACCGGGAGAACCUGAGGAAGACCACAGUGAUGACUCCCGGGAGAGCGAUACGACAUAUGUCAAUGGUCAUCCCGUCAUUCGAGAUGGCUUUGACGUCUCAAAGUUCUUAAUUUCCGUUCGAGAUGAUGGAGAUCCAGCACUGACAUUCAGAUCUAUUGUUCUGGGAUCAGUCUUCACCGCACUGUCAAGUGUCAUUACUAUGCUCUACGUCUUCAAGCCAACAACGAUGCAAGUUUCAACUGUUUUCCUACAGCUCCUUGUCUACUGUUUCGGGGCAGCGUGGGCAUACGUAACUCCUUCUCCUGAGAAGUUUAAGUCAAAGUGGAUACGGACCAUUUUCAAAUUCAUGAAUUUCGGUCAGCCCUUCCGUAUCAAGGAGCAUGUUGUGGCGGCACUCAUCGCGUCCUCCGGUAACAACGGUCUUAAUGGCGUCGAGGUGUACGCAGUUGAGCGGCUCUUUUACGACAAAAACGUCAACGCCCUCACGGCCGUCUUGGGCACAUUUUCCAUGUGCCUGUGCGGUUUUGUGUUGGCAGGAGUCCUUCGCCCGUUGAUUGUGUACCCGGCCGAGAUGGUAUACUGGAGUACCUUGCCACAAGUCGUAUUGUUUCAAAAUCUUCAUUUCGAUCGGCGCGCCAACCAAGAGCGAUUGAGAAAAUUUGGAUGGGCUCUUUUGUUCGCUGCUGUGUGGGAAGUGUUCCCGGCUUACAUCAUAACGUGGUUCGGGGGGUUGUCAGUCUUCUGUCUUGCGUCGAUGGGAGCAUCCACGUCGACAAGGACUAUUUUCUCAACCAUUUUUGGCGGCGCCUCCUCGAACGAAGGGCUGGGGCUUCUCAAUUUCUCCCUGGACUGGCAAUAUAUUCAAAGCACAUACCUCUCACUCCCAUUCAAGCAGCAGGUUAACACCUGGAUCGGGUACGUGGUCUGGUACCUUGCUAUGCUCGGCCUUUAUUACGGGAAUGCUUGGAACGCCAAAGACUUCCCCUUCAUGUCUUCGUCUCUGUUCCACAGCAACGGAACUGUUUUAUCUACCACAUCGAUGCUUGAUAAUCAAGGCAUCAUAGACCAAGAAAAAUUGGUCGAGGUCGGCGUACCACAUUUGACAUCGAGCACCGUGUUGGGUUUUUUCUCGCAGAAUCUCGCCAUCGGUGCUCUAAUUAGUCACGUCAUUCUGUUCUCUGGCAAGGACAUGAUUCAAGCCUGGAAGCAAGCUCGCAACAAAACCCAACCCGACAUUCACUACCAAGCCAUGCUCAAGUAUAAGGAAGUGCCGAUGUGGUGGUACUGGGUGCUGUUGGUUCUAUGCUUCGUUGCCGGCAUCGUUGUAACAACAAAAGGCGACACUACUCUUCCGGUGUGGGGUUACAUUGUUUCCCUUCUUCUGGGCGCUUUUAUUGCCCCCUUUUCUUGCAUUUUAUAUGGGCUCAAUGGGACCGGGGUAGGCACAAACCAAAUCUCCAAGAUGGUGGCUGGUGCGGUACAUCCCGGCAGACCUCUUGCUAAUCUAUACUUCGCUUGUUGGUCGCACCAAGUGAUCCUUCUGGCUGUCAACCUAGCCAACUGGCUCAAAGUAGGGCAAUAUACGAAAGUACCCCAUCGAAUCAUGUUCGGUACACAAAUUUACGGAACCCUACUGGGGGCUGCCUUGAAUUACGUUGUCAUGACUACAGUUGUAACCAACCAAAGAGAAAUUCUCCUAGAUCCAAUCGGAAACUCUGUCUGGAGUGGAUCGACCCUUCAGGGCUUCAAUUCACAGGCGAUCACCUGGUCACUCGCAAAGGAUAUGUACGGGUUGAACGGCCGCUACGUCAUUGUCCCGCUCGGUAUCUUGAUUGGAUUCUUCUUCCCCGUCAUCCACUGGUUUUUGAACAAAGCAUAUCCCCGUCUGAAGAAAUUUCCACUAAAUACCACUUUUAUAUUCGUUACUUCUGGCACACGUUACUAUGGGAAUACCUCAUGGGUGUGGUCGUCUAUUGCUGUGGGCGUCUUCUCGCAGGUGUGGCUCAGGCGCCGAAAGCCCAAGAUUUACAACAAAUACAACUACCUUAUCGGCGCAGGGUUGGAUGGAGGUUCGCAGGUGAUCAUUUUCGUCCUCUCCUUUGCUGUGUUUGGUGCUAGUGGGAAGGAAAGGCCAUUCCCUGCUUGGUGGGGAGCUCCUAAGGAUACCAACCCAGACCAUUGUAUAUAA